CGUUACUAAACCGCCAAAAGAGGAACUCCAGAAAACGAGAUUAUAUGGGUUAAAACAGAGCAGAAUUCUGCAAAACUCGAUAACUUUCAAACUGGAAAGCGAAGCCCGGGAUCUCAGAAGAAAUGAAAGUUGCAUUUGUAGUUUUCACCCUGUUCCUGUGCAGUGAAGGCUGCCCUCGCAUCAUAAGCCGAUCAGAGUGGGGAGGACAGCGCUCAAAGUGUACCUCAUCACUGAAACCACCCAUGACGUAUGCCUUGAUCCACCACACGGAGGGCAAACGCUGUUUCAGCACCUCUUCCUGCUCUGCUCAGAUGAGGAAUGUCCAGAGCUACCAUAUGAAUAGCAAAAAAUGGUGUGAUAUCGGUUACAGCUUUCUUAUUGGCGAGGAUGGAAAUGUGUAUGAAGGUAGAGGGUGGAAGACCUUGGGUGCCCACACACUGAAUUACAACAGUGUUGGCUACGGCAUCUGCUUCCUUGGAAACUUCAUGGGUGUAGCCCCUGGGGCACAAGCUCUUAACGCUGCUCAGCAGCUCAUCAAGUGUGCCGUGUCCAAAGGGCUGCUGAAGUCCAGCUAUAUUUUGAAAGGUCACCGGCAGCUGGGAUCCACCGACUGUCCAGGAACCACCCUGUAUAACAUCAUUAAGAAAUGGCCCCAUUGGCAAUGAAGCAAGCAGGGCCUUGGGGGCGACAUACAGCUCUUGCGCAAAUGCAUCUUGUGUGAAGAUUUGCAGAAAUUGCAUAGCUUGUGAAACUAGUUGUUUAAGCAUUGGGUGAUCUACACUGUCUAGCAGAUCUAAAACCCCUGUCUGUAACAAAUUUGCUUUAGGUGCAUGUUUUGUGGUUUCUAAUUGUAACUGCAGUAGACAAUUUAGCGUUGCAGGAAGAAUAAAAAUGCUUUAUGGCAGAAGA